GCGGGCGGCGCGUGCGCGGGGGCGUGGCGGCGGCGGGGGCGCGGCCGCGGCCGGCGCUCAGUUCCUGCCCCGCGCGCGGGCGGGCGGUGUCGCCGGUCGCGACAGAGCUGAAGAAACAAAUUGAUCUACAUGUGCUUCACUGUCCAUUGGAAGAAUGACAGAUGACAAAGAUGUACUUCGAGAUGUGUGGUUUGGGCGAAUACCGACCUGCUUCACUCUGUAUCAGGAUGAGAUAACUGAAAGGGAAGCUGACCCCUACUAUUUGCUUUUGCCAAGGAUAAGCUACUUGACACUGGUAACAGACAAAGUGAAGAAGCACUUUCAGAAAGUUAUGAGACAGGAGGAAGUUAGUGAAAUAUGGUUUGAAUACGAAGGUACACCACUGAAAUGGCAUUACCCAAUUGGUUUACUCUUUGAUCUCCAUGCAUCAAAUACAGCCCUUCCUUGGAGCAUCACAGUGCAUUUCAAGAAUUUUCCAGAAAAGGAUCUUCUACACUGCCAUUCUAAGGAUGUGAUUGAAGCUCAUUUUAUGGCUUGUAUAAAAGAAGCAGAUGCUUUAAAGCACAAAAGUCAAGUCAUCAAUGAAAUGCAAAAAAAGGAUCAUAAGCAAUUGUGGAUGGGAUUACAGAAUGAUAAAUUUGAGCAGUUUUGGGCAAUAAAUCGAAAACUCAUGGAGUAUCCUCCAGAAGAUAAUGGAUUUCGAUACAUCCCAUUUAGAAUUUAUCAGGCAACAACAGAGAGACCUUUUAUACAGAAGCUAUUUCGACCAAUUGCUUCAGGAGGACAGUUGCAUACUUUGGGAGACCUGCUAAAAGAUGUGUGUCCUAGUGCUAUCACCACUGAAGAUGGAGAGCAGAAGACUCAAGUGAUGAUUCAUGGAAUUGAGCCAAUGCUGGAAACACCCAUUCAGUGGCUAAGCGAACAUAUGAGCUAUCCAGAUAAUUUUCUCCACAUUAGUAUCAUUCCCCGACCUACUGAUUGAAACUCAGCUGUAUUCCUAUGAGGAUCAUUCUCAAGCUGGAAUUCUAAGGGCAUGUCAACUUCUUGCUUCUGUCAGUCUUGACAGAGGCAGCCUGACCAGAAAAAAAGAAACCAACAAAAAGCCGAAACAAAACAAGAAGUCCUCACUGCUGUAAGCCAAACAGGAAGAGAGAUCCUAUCAUCAGAUAAGGGCAAUUGGGCUGAUCUUAUUUUGCAUCACUGCUGCGUUUGUUCACUGCUGUAAUUAAAUCAGUUGCGAUAUGAAAGAAUUUACAGGACUUCUGCAAGUCUGCUGUUUUCUUGUAAAAUAUAAUGAAGCUGAAACUGUCAGCCGAAGAGCAAAUGGAAAUAUGCCACUUGAUUGUAUUUCUGAUUAACAAAUAAACAGGGCUGUUUCCUAAAGAGGUAGUGUUUCAGCUUUGAGGGUGGAAACAUUGGUUUAAUUUUCUAGAAAGUUAGACACUGAGAGAUUUGGUUACCAAUAGCUUUUUGUAAAAGAUCAAAUUACUGUAAAUCCAUCUUUCCUUAAUGAGAAGUUCAUGUUUACAGUAUAUGUAUUGGUAUGCAAAUGAUCUUUUAACUUUGAUAACAAGCAGUGAGCGAUUUUAAAGUAAGCCCAUGAGCAUGUUUUGUCAGUUAAAAACAUGCACAACUUAAUAAUUACAAAUACUCUUGAUUUGUAUGCU